CGGGCCCAAGGGUGCACAGCUCUGGUGUGGUUACAAGGAAUAGCGUGUCCUCUCCAGGGGGAUGAUAAGGCUUUAUCACACAUGCCCUGCAACAGGAGCAGAACUUUGACCCUGUGAGAUCUCGUCACGUGUAGAUUUGCCUCUGCUGAUGAUCGUCUUUGUCCAGAGAAAUGUAGUUUGUGUCUUUUUGGCUUUGGGGAGACUCAGAAGAGUGUGAGAGGAGCAACUCUGAAAGAUUCCUCACUAUGAAGUGGGUCUGGGCUGUGUUCAAAGCUCACCCGUACAUCAGUAACAUCCUGGGAUACACAGCCCUGUUCGCCUCUGCUGACCUCGUACAGCAGAGCGUGCUGGGUGAGAAACCAGCAACAGGAUCCACAUCGGAGGAUUUAGUAGGAGUCGACUGGCAUCAGAUGGCUCGAGUGGCGACCGUCGGUUUUUGUUUCCACGCCAACUUCAACUAUCACUGGCUCAGAGGGCUGGAGAAGAUGCUGCCAGGAGGCGGAGUAAAGGCAGUAACUGGGAAGGUGGUGGUGGACCAGCUGAUUGCGGCUCCUCUCACCAUCAGUGCCUUUUACAUUGGUUUGAGUUUACUUGAACACAAAGAUGACCCACUUGAAGACUGGAGGCAGAAAUUUUGGACAUCUUACAAGACUGGGGUAGUAUUUUGGUCAACAAUGCAGGCAGUGAACUUUGCAUUCGUCCCCCCUGUGGCUCGGACGGUGUUUCUGGGUGGUGUCGCCCUGGUUUUCACAAUCUUCCUGUGUCACCUCAGACAGCAGCGACACCAUGAACAGGAAAGAACCUGAGACUCUCCUCGUCACAUCGAAGGCUUUAGUAAACUAACUAAAAACACAAUUCCAAAAAAGCUGGGACACUGUGAGUAAAAUCUGAAUGCAGUGAUUUAUAUACAUCAGAAACCCAUAAACCCCAGCAGCUGGUCUGUUCCCAGAUGUUUACAGGCUGCUGUUAAACAAAGACGCGAUGCUACAUUGUAGUAAAUAUGGACUUAUCCCAACUUUUUUGAGAUGUGUUUCUGCCAUCAGAUUCAAAAUGAGCUAAUAUUUUUCUUUAAACGUCACAUGAUACAUUGUUUCAGUUUUUGACAUGUUUUGUU